AUGGCCAUUCUCGACAACAUCCUCGGCGUCUCCAAACAAAGCUUUCUCCAGAAUAGGGUCGUUCCUGUGAAGAGCGGUGACAAGUUCAACAACGACAAAUGCUUAAUCUGCUGGGAUUCUUACCAUGGGCAUCACCUCGGCGUACGCAUUCUUCCCUGCAACCAUGUCUUUGGCCGCGACUGCUUACAGAAGAUGGUCGAACGCCCAUAUGGAUACGAAUGUCCUCUCUGCCACGUUGCUCUGUUUCGACCUCCCAUGCAAAUUGCUGUAGGACAGUUCUCCAGAAAGCUAUAUGAGCGCUCGGCUGUUCGUCUUCUUCUCUUCCAGCAUUGGCUUUGGCACAUGAUGCCCGACUGGCUGGGAACUGACAUGGGCCUGUUAUUCAAACUGAACAACCCGUUCUUCUGGGCAACAAAGGCAGCGAGUACUUUUGUCAACUUCUGGGAUCGUUGUCCGCAUCUCGAUCUAGAGAACGACACAGCACUGUUGACGAGGUCGCACUGGAUGCCUUACAUACUGUUCUGCACAGCAUUCACACUCGUAGGCGACGACUUUGAGUCCUAUUUCGAGAUACUAGCGUUCUCGGAAUCCUGCGCUACAGGUAUUGAAAUGGUUGCUGUUAUCUGGCAUCUUUUCGAACUCAUCGGAGCAUUCAAACGUCGCCGGGAUUGGGUCUUCUUCACGCUCAUAACUCUCGCCGCCUUUUCCUUGAAGCUAGGGAUCAUCUACUUUACCUAUCCCAGCCUCUCCCAUCUGGAUUUCGGUCUCUCGCACCAAGGCCUCCUCAAAUCUCCGCUCAUAUCUUUAGGGGAUGUGUCGAGUAGUACCCGGACAAGCUACGCAUGCAAGAUGAUCAACGAGCAUCCUUUUGUGCAGCACAGUUUUCGUGCCUUUUUGGGCAACCCGGGUCUGAAUGCAAAGAUGGAACAGACUUGUAGUGUGGUAGGAGUGUCGAAUGGCCAGCCUGUUUGGAUUGAUUGCAACAUUGCCCAUGGUGCUUUGUUGGAAGCUUUACCACGAUAG